AUGGGAUUCACUGGUUUAGCCCGUUGGGUCAAUGCACCGACCACCUCUCUGCAACAGGUUCAAGAAAAUAUCACGCUCAACCACAACGGCCAGUACAAAGGCAAAUGGCAUCUUUCUGUUCGAUCAUACCGUUCCACCUUGGGUCAAGUCCCUGGCUUCCAUGUGCCCUCUGAAAGGAUUAUGUGUGCUCUCACUAUGAAUGAAAACGUUUUUGUCCUUUUGGAAGAUCCGAUGGCACCUACACGAGGAGAUGUCCUUGCCGCAGCUCCUCCAGGGCAGGAAGCAGCGUACAUUCAAGGUCCAACUCACUAUCGCACAGCUUUUCUUACAAUACGACCACCAGGUGCUCUUGAACAAUUGUUGACUCAGCUUAAAGCACGGUGGGCCGCUGUUCGACAAUCUUCCUCCGGGCCCCAACGAGGUCAGACUACUGGGCAACAGCUCUUCAUUGAAGGGCACAUAUUUGCUAUCGGGACUGACUGGUUGGUUCGUGUGGGGAACGUCGUUCUCGCGGGGGGUGCUGUCAAGGGCAUGCUCCUUGAGGCCGAAUAUUUGCCAUUACCCCUUCUUCACUCCCCAAUCACUGACGGAACAUCUGAACUUCUAUCCAACCUGCUCACCUCUUUACUUCCAAACGUGAGCGGCGCAACUACAGUUGCGGUGACAAUAAGUGAAUCCCAGUGGGAAGAAGUGCUUUGGGAUCGGGAGGAAGAGGCAAGGGGAAGGACCAACGUCUCAGAUUCCGAGCCCAAGCUUGAAGAUGACGUCUAUGCGUACGGAGACGAGGACAUUCUUGAGCAGAAACAAGAUUGGGUUGGAGUAAACAGGGAUCGACGGUCAGCGUAUUUAAUAAUGGGUGCUUUACGAUCAGAAGGUAUAAUGUAG